AUGAGCUUUGGCCAUUACACCCAGUGCGUCUGGAAAUACACCACCAAAGUCGGCAUGGGUGUUUCCAAGGACAGCAGCGGCACCUCCUGGGUCGUCGCCCGCUACCAGAAGCCUGGCAAUAUGCAAUAUCGGCGAAAAGCCUUAUUAAAGUGUCAACACGAGUAUAGAAGGAUGCUUCGGUUCGGACACGGACAUAAUUCAUCAAGAGAAUCCAGACCCUGA